AUGUCUGGUCAGGAUUCCUACUCGGAUGAUGCUGUCGACGCUGCUCACCAGACUAUACUGGAGGAUGAUUAUGGUUCAGAAAGUGGCGGCCUCGAUGGGCAAAACUUCUUCAGCCUGAUCCUGGAGAGCAUAGUGGAGACAAUCGAUGCUCUCUACAGGAUCGCUGCGCGGGUCACAAGUCCUAUAACGAGGACUCCGACCGAAAAAGCCCUAGGGGUUGCAUUGAGAUCGGGCAACAGCGAUGUUGAUAUGACUAGACGGUAUGCCUUGCUUGACGAACAACACUUGCUCGAGGUGUUUCAAAAUUAUCGAUCUGUCGUUCAUAGGAGUGUCUCUAAAGAGCAAGGAAUACCACCACAGGUUCUGGAUUCGGCUCGAGGAGAACCACUGGGGUUCCUUGCUCUGCGACUUGCACAGGCGACUACUAUUCGACCAAAACAGUUCGCAUACUGGAGCCAACACCCACAGCAGCUUGACGUGGCGCCUGAAGCGAUGGCACGAGUUACACAAAUACAACAACCGCGCCCACAAAAAGCCUCACAAGAUGUUACCACCAUUGCACGCUCGAUCUACGUCGCUGAAUCCGUAGAUCCUUCUCCGCUGACUACUGCCACGACUUUGAAUUCAGCCCAAGUUGAUCUUGAAUACGCCACAUCGGUAUCCAGGAUCUCGGACUAUGCUGGGUCGACCCGAGGCGUCUCCGUCACUAGAGGAGAGGUUUUGGUAUUCCCAAACCCACCUGCAAAGCUCAAGGGUCACCGCCAUUUCAAAUGCCCAUAUUGUCCGACAUUGUGCUCUGGAGCAUAUCUGAAACUGGAGGCCUGGAGGUCCCAUUUGUUGCGAGAUCUCUGUCCGUAUGUCUGUACGUAUCCAGACUGCUCAGAAGCCAUUUGUCUCUUUGCUACGACACAAGAAUGGAUUGCGCAUGAGGAUUCGUGUCACCGGCGAAUCUGGCGAUGUCUAGAACACCCCAAGGCCACCUUCCUGACAGUCACCGCCUACAAGCACCACAUUAGAGAGGCCCAUGCGUCGAAUCGCACAGAACUGGAGUCCACUGAACUUCGGCGAGCGGCAGAAUCUGUGUCUGAGGUUGCCGAUCGGCCUUGUCCCAUCUGUUUGGCCCACAUCCCAGAUGCCGCUGCUCUACAAGAUCAUGUAGCAUCCCAUCUGAGACAAAUCGCUCUCUUUUCUCUGCCGCGUUCGACGGAUGCAGACGGUGGUACAGAAUCAGGGACCAGCUGGUCUGGGACAGCAAAAGGACACCAUUCGGAUUGUUCUCACGACACUUCAGAGAUCACAAGCGGCAACAGCUCGAGCUUCUUGGUUCAAUCCAGUGUUGACAUACGAACACUCAGGAACGAGAGGAGGGAGAAGAAGGAUGGCCUGUCCCAACAUGCUUUACGUCAUCUAGGGACGAUCAGGCCAGACAGAGGACCCAAUGCAAAAGUCGAACAAUCCCUAAUGCAUUCGGACGUGCCCAGCCUAAAGGAUCAGUCAACAACCAGAGGACUUUCCUCGGCUCAGAACCUGGCCGCAGUGAAUCAAAACAUGCAAUUGGAAUGCAGGAAUUUCAAACGUCCAUUUCCUGCACCGGAAGGGCUGGACGACAGUUUGUUAGCAGGCGUGAAGUGGUCCGCCAACGCGGGGUGGUUCACAGACGAGAAACUCAGAGGAUUCAAUGACACCUCGACGUCGACUCCUGCGCCGCGUGAGAUCACAACCCUGUCCCUGGGAACACCGGCUGAGAAAAAGGCCAAAUACACAAGAUCUCCAAAAAUCAAUCAAUUGCUCCUCCCGGGAAGUAGGUGGUAG